CGCUAGGAAGCUGCCCUCGCCUCGCAUUCUCCGCCUCCCGCGCCCCAGCCGCGCCGCCGCGCCGGGCCUGCCGCCGCCGCCGCGGGAUCGCGGCCCCUCCCCCCAGCCCGCCGGACCCACCGGCCCGCGGGGAGCGGACGCGCGUGGCGGCUGCUCGGUGGGACCGUGCUUGGAGCUGGCCCAGGAUGCCCUGGGGGUGUGGAUGACCAGCUGCCCAGGCCCGGAUGCCGCCACCCCACAAGGACCAUUUGCCGACGUCCGCCCGUGGGCCUGCGCCCUAGACUCCUGACCCGGGGACCCCUCCGGUCCUGUCCCCGCCUGGCCGCCCAGAGGCCGGGGGAGGCCAGAGUGAGCCUCCCCAGCCGCUGCGUGGGAGGCCACCGCAGGGCCCAAGGAAGGCGCUCGCGCCGGCGGGAAACAUUCUUCCCCAGCGGCUCGGCAAAAUGACCAGCCUGUUCCGCAGGAGCAGCAGCGGGGGCGGCGGGGGCGGCUCCGGCGGGGCGCGCGGGGCCGGGGGCAGCGCGGCGGCCGCCUCGCAGGAGCUCAACAACAGCCGGCCCGCCCGCCAGGUGCGCCGCCUCGAGUUCAACCAGGCCAUGGACGACUUCAAGACCAUGUUCCCCAACAUGGACCACGACAUCAUCGAGUGCGUGCUGCGCGCCAACAGCGGCGCGGUGGACGCCACCAUCGACCAGCUGCUGCAGAUGAACCUGGACGGGCGUGGCGGCAGCGUCUACGAGGAGAGCUCCGACUCCGAGGACAGCAUCCCCCCGGAGAUCUUGGGAAGGACUUUGGAACCUGACAGCUCAGAUGAAGAGCCCCCGCCUGUUUAUUCCCCGCCGGCCUACCACAUGCACGUGUUCGACAGGCCUUACCCUCUGGCUCCUCCCACUCCGCCGCCCCGCACUGAUAUGCUGGGCUCUGGGCCCCCUUUGAGCCAGAGGCGCUAUCGGAACUGGAACCCGCCACUGCUGGGUAACCUCCCCGACGACUUUCUCCGCAUCCUGCCCCAGCAGCUGGACAGCAUACAGGGAAGCCCCAGGGUGUCGAAGCCCACAAGCGGAGAGGGAGGCCUGCCUCCUGUGGCUGGGCCUGGGGCCCGGGACCCGGAGAGCCGCUGGAAGCAGUACUUGGAGGAUGAGAGGAUCGCACUCUUCCUGCAGAACGAGGAGUUCAUGAAGGAGCUGCAACGCAACCGUGACUUCCUCCUCGCCCUGGAGAGAGAUCGAUUGAAAUACGAGUCCCAGAAAUCCAAAUCCAGCAGCGUGGCUGCAGGAAAUGACUUUGGCUUUCCGCCUCCUGCCCCAGGAACCAGUGACACCAACCCUGCUGUGUCGGAAGAUGCCUUAUUCAGGGACAAGUUGAAACACAUGGGAAAAUCCACCCGGAGGAAGCUGUUUGAACUGGCCAGGGCCUUCUCGGAGAAGACCAGGAUGGGGAAGUCAAAGAGGAAGCACCUGCUGAAGCAUCAAGCGCUGGGGGCUGCAGCAUCAACAGCCAAUCUCCUGGACGACGUGGAGGGCCACCCGUGUGAUGAAGACUUCCGGGGAAGGCGACAGGAGGCACCGGAGGUGGAGGAAGCCCCGCGGGAAGACAGUAAGCAGUAAGCCCCUCCCCCCCACCAGGAAGCUGCCUGCCUGCCCUUCCCCGCUGUCCUGGUCCCAGGGGUCCAUCUACAAGGCUUUCUUGAGCUGACGGUGUGGCAGAUACCUGCAGUUCCUCUUUGCUGAAGACCUGAUGGAGACAGCCAGACAGCAAAACCGGCCCCCAGCUGAAGGGCCCAGCUGCAGCCGGACAGAUGGUGCUUGAGUACCCGGGCCCAGUGAUUCUCCGGCCACAGUCCAGCCCAACCACUGCCACUGUCACUGCCAUUUUCAUGGGACUUAGAACUUGGGAGUUGCGUGCUAUGCUUGGAGGAAGGACCUGGGGCUCCUAGGGUGGCAGCCAAUCACAGCCCCUUUUGUAACCAGGAUGUUCUGUUCUGUGGGCAAUGAGUGGAAAUGCAGGACCUCCCCACAUCACUCUCUCCUCCCCCAACUUCUUUUAAAAAAUCUCAGAAAACAGACAAAGCCUGGAGUGCCCCAAAGGGCAGAAUGACCCUGCCAGAAGCUCUUUGGCCUGAAGGUGGAGCCCCCCUCCCUCACUCCCCUCUGUCCUGCUGGGCCGCAGACACUGCCUAAUCCCCCACCACUAUCCCCGGCUCCCCUGGGCUUCCUGGGCCCUUUAUUCCCAUGCCUCCUGCAUCUCAGCCUUUCUCCAGGGCUGCCAACCCUCGGCACAACCUCCGUACAGAAUCCCUGGUGGGAGAGCCCUGGGCAAUCACCUGGGCCCCCUCUGAGGAGUGAUGGGCCACCAAAGAGAGGUAUCUGCUGUGCCCUGCCUGGGCCGCUCAGGGUGGCUCUGCUGGGGGCUGACGUAAGCCUCCCAGCAGGGGUCAGGAGAGCGGCCCCUCAGGAGCUGGAGGACUCUGACGAGGAAGGGGUAGUUCUUACUUUGACAGAAGACAUAAGCUAGUUCUGGAUGGGACCCUGCAGUCACACAACAGUGACGGCUUAUGGUUGGGUGGGGGUGGGGGGAUAACUCUGCCUAGAAGUCCUGAUGUCCUAAGGGUGGGGAGUGGUGGAUUCUGAAAUGACCUUUGAGAAGGCACAGGGCUGUGAACUGCCAGACUGCGUGGGAGCGCUGGGGUUAGGGAGGCUUGCUGGGUGCCCCUUGCCUAGAGCGACUGGUGAAUGACCCGAGGAGGGAAACCACGGUUCUAAGACCCUUACCGGCACCAACCACUACCAACAGGAGGGGGUCUGCCCCACUUUUUCUGGCCCCACUGUGUAAAUAGCAACGCAAGGACCUCUCCAGAGAACCAGGACGCCUAGGCAGGCACGAGGCUUCGGGGCCGGAAUGUGGAACCAGCCCAGCCUAGCCCACCGUGCGGGAUUGGGAGGUUGGGAGUGGGAGGCAACCCUUGGCGGGGCCCUGGUGGCCUCAAGUCACCCCGAGAUAAUGAGGGCGUGGCGGCCGCCCAGGGCCAGAGGCGGAGGUGGGAGCCACAAUUGCACCUCGCUCCUCCCGCCCCUGUGCGGUGCCAGAUGAGGGCCCCUGGGCUCAUUCGGGCAGCCGAGCUUCCCCUGCUCUGGGAGGCCGCCGCGGGAGGGGCCUGGGCGCGUCGCCGAGGCCGCGGAGCGUGACCAAGUUUGGAAGCACCCCGGGCCAGGGGCGCUAGCGCGGGGCCCGCCUUGCCCAGCGGGACCCGCCGCUCUCCCCAGCCAUGCCAGUGGCCCCCACGAGCCCCCCACCCCCCGGGCCGCCAGCCCGAGCUGCAGAAGGCUCCGACCCUGAGGGGCAGAGGAAGGGGGCUCCGGGCCGUGGUUCUGAUCCCUCCUCGCGCCAGUACCCGGCGCAUGGCGGGGAAGCCCCGGGCCCCACGUCUGUGUGUGUUGCUUGUUAGUCGUUUUUUCUUCUAUGUGGGUUUUUUCUUGGAGUUGUUUCAUAGGAACUCCUGUAAUAAAGACUUGGUGUUCUCUUGGUGC